CGGAUAUAUGACGUAUAAUAAAGUUCCUGGUCUUUCAAUAUGGCGUUACACACGUUGACAUUUAUGUGGAAUGAUGGAUAUGUGCAGGGUUCAUUGUGAAAUUAUACAUACCGUCCAAACCCUGAUGAUCAUUAUACAUGUGUAAGCAAGAUAUGAUCCUGGAAUUGUUCCAAGGACAUGCACUGGAGCUAAAUGUAUGUAAGGCAGAUGUUUUGGUCCACUGGGUAAAGGCCAAGAGUUUGCUGACUAGCUGUUCCUUUCUGUCCCAACUACCGGAUGCAGACGACGUGAAGUGUUCGCACAAGACUCAAUGGAACAAGGCGUUCCCCGAGGGCCUUGAUGCUCACCAAGUAGGAAAAACCCCGGGGGUGAGCUGUGUAGAAGUAUUUAUCACGCCGCUUACUCGGAUACACAGCUGUUCUCACCUAAGUUUUCGAGGCAAAUCAAAAAGUGUUUGGACAUGGCAUCAGCGGAAGAUUUGGAGCUGAUAACGUUUACUCCACCGUAUAUGUGCGAUGAUUCAACUCCGGCCGUCUUCAAGCGAUAUGCAAUUAAAGAACUCAUAGAUACUAUUUGGCACUAUCACGAAUUCCACCCAAAGACGUCUUUGAAGAAAGUGGCAAUUGUUAUAAAUCCUGGAGAUAUGUUGACCUACAAGGCUGCCAGUGAAAUCCUGCACGUGCUAGGACUGGAAGAAAGUCCUGAAGUAAUAAACAAGUUAGACAAACAGGCUUUUACAAAACCAGAAAACGCUGAGACAAAAGAAUCGUCCAACUUAACAGAUGCCAGUGGAACGGAAUCCGUAGCAGCCAGUGCGCCAGAGACAGGAGUUAACACAGUGGGUUGGACUCUGGAAGCGCCUCCACGAGACAAUACUAAGCAAAGAAAGCCAGUACCACUUCCCAGAAAAUAUCUACAACCGAACCGGAACAGUGCUCCUGAACGUCUGUUCAGCAUUGACAGUAGGAAAGGAGAGAUGUCUACAUUUAAAACAGAAAACGUCGAGACAACUGAAACUCCCAACUUGACAGAAGCAAGUGAAAUGAAACCAAUAUCCGCCAGUGUUUCAGAGACAAAUGUUAAAACGGGCGAGGACACUCAUCACAAAUCUAACAAAAGGAUACCAGUGCCAACCCAAAGGAAGUCUCUGACACGAAACAGUGCACCCGAAGGUCUGCCCGCUAUUCACGUAGGUCAAGGACUCCCCACGCUUGUGUCCGAAGAUAGGGUAACAGCAACGCCAGAAAGUAUAAAUAAGAAAGAUCUACCACUGGCAGCUUAUGCAACGGAAACGUCUGAAGAUUCACGCGACCUGUUACGACUUCAGGUUCCUGAUCUGAAGCAACAGAACUCGCCCACACUGACGUCCACAGCCCAAGUGUCAGCACCAGAGAACAAGUCUACACUAACGCCAGAUCCAAGCAAACUGGAUACAAGUGGCAAGCUACAACACAUGAAUAUUCUGCUUAUUGCGGGAGAUAUCACAGAAGAAAGGGUGGAUGCAAUAGUGAACUCGACAAACAGAAAGUUAGACUUUUCUGUUGGAUUAAUCUCUAGAGCUAUAGCUGAAGCUGGUGGUGUUUCGCUGAAACGUGCAAUAGAGGAAUAUAAAAGAGAAUCCUCGAAAGACCCGACUACACAAAUUACUGUAACAGACGCCGGAGAUUUGCCUUGCUCAAAGAUUUUUCAUGUCUGUCUUCCGCUAUGGCCACCUAGUGAACAAAGUGAAAAUCAGUCACAUUGUGAACAGAAACUUUGUGAAAUUAUUGAGAUGUGUCUUAUUUGUGCAAGUGUGCGAGGUAUGCACAGCAUUGCAUUUCCAUUACUUGGGGCUGGAACACUGAAAUACCCAUCAGACGUUGUAGCCAGGGCAUUCGUGGAAACCAUUUGGAGCUUUAGAGUCAUUCAUAGAGAAACAAGUCUUCAGCUGGUGAAGAUAAUAGUCGGCAUCUCUAACACAGAAUUUAGACAGAAUUUCGCGCAGUUGAGAAGCAGAAAAGCUACAUACACGAGGCAAGACAAAAAUCACGAAAUGAAAACACUGCAAUUUUCAGGACAAGAAUCACGAAAUGAAAACAGUGAUAAUCAAAUACAGAUUGGUUUUGUACGUGGACAGUUGGAAAAACAAUCGAUACAUGCUCUAGUGAUUCCUUGCUCGUCUGACCUGAAACCAAACACGUCUGUUGGGAAAGCCGUGCAUGAAGCAGCGGGAGCGGUCAUUAGGUGUGAACUCCGAGAACACUGCACUGCACCUCUCAAAGACUGGGCCUUUGUCGUCACGAGCGGGGGAAACCUGGAGGCCAAGUAUAUCUACCACGUGAAUAUCCCAAGAUACUCCCCUGACGCAGUCACAAAACAGCAAUUUCCGGAGAUGCUCAACCGAUGUUUGACUGACGCUUGCCUCAUUAACUGCAAGGGAAUCGCAUUCACUGUACCUGUCUCUAAAGAGCUGAAGUAUCUACCAAAGCUGAUGGCAGAGUGGUUUAAAAGAGGAUUUGAUAGGUUUCAAAGAUCACACAGUCAUUUACUUUUCUUUGAGAUGAGAGUUGUGAUUAAAGAGAAUGACAAGGCUACAUACGAUGCAUUUCAAGAAGUGCAGUUUGGUACAGAGACAAUAGAUUUCAACCAGGUUCCCAGGACGUGGGGCGCGAUGAGUAAAGAUGCUGAGGUUGUUGCAGUUUCUCUCCACCAACAUGACACUGAAUACAAGGAGGUUGCUCAGUUACUGAAAGAAACAGCUUCAAUCGACUUCCGCAUCAAAAAGAUUGAACGAAUACAGAACAGAGCACUGUAUCUGCAGUACAAUGUAAAACGAUGGCAGUUGUCUCAUAGACACACGGAACACGAAAGUAUCGAGAGACGACUGUGGCACGGUACGACAGAAGAUGCAGUCAGAAGUAUCAACUAUCAUGGCUUCAACAGAAGCUACUGUGGAAAAAAUGGUAGUACACGAGAGGAAAUAAGGAAACCCGCGUACCUCCUCCCAUCGAUAGAGACAAUCCACAGCAAGUCUACGACUCGACAGUAA